CAACUAUUAACGUCGUAAUUCGUGGUAGUCACAGUUGACAUUUCGAUAUAAAGUAAAUUCAAAGCACUUAAAAAUCAGUCGAUUAAACAUCCACAAUGCAUUUUGGAAAAGUUACAAUUUUAUAAUAUAACGUUAGCGAUGAUACAUUAAAGAAAAUCAUUUAAAUUUUAUGAAUAAAAAAUGACAAGUUGUUAUCAAGAAAUAUUUCGAAAAAUUUUUUAGACAAGUUAUUCUUUACAUUCAUACAUUCAAGGUUCAUUCCAAUUACUUCCUGGAUAAUUCACAACAAUGUUUAAAAAAUUUAAGGAUAAAUUAGCAGAGGAGAUGAAACAAUCUCCUGCAAGGCUGCAAGCAAGUAUGCAGCAAUUGGCUCAGGCAGUUGUUUCUCCAUCACUAUCAAGUACCUCAAUUCAAGACUUGUCAUCCAAAGAUAAUUUCAGUUUGACUGAGGAAACAGAUGAAACACCAAAAAAUAGUCCAGGAAAACAUGGCUUCCAAACAGUUGACUUGACUUCUCCAUCGGUUAAUUCAAGUAGUUCAAGAAGGUCAUCUAUUAGCAGUAAUGUCAGUGAGGCAUCCUUUUUAUUUCCUAUUUAUGAAAGUCCUGGAAAUAUAUAUCAUUUGCAGUCUGACAUUGAUCAGUCUGCCAGUGAAAUAGAUGAUAAUAUAAGUCCACAAUUAGAUCGGGUAUCAAAAGAACAAUUGUAUUCUGCAUAUCGUAAAGCAAGAGGUAAAUAUGAUAAGUACAGAGGAAGAUUCACUGACCUUGUCAGUCAUUACAAAGAAAUGGACCGUGCAAAAACAAAAUUAGAAAGUCUCUUGGUUGAAACACAAGAUAAAGCUUUAAGACGAAUAAGCGACCUCAAAGAACAAUGUCAACUAGAGCAACAAGCAAAAGCUCAUUUGGAAGAUGCCUUACGAAACGAUCUUGAGGAGAAAGAUCACAUUAUUAGUUCUUUAAAAACAAAAAUAAAGUUAAUACAAGAAAAAGGUCCAAACUUGGAAAUAUCAGAAAAUCUUGAUGAAUCAGAAAAUCAUCAUGAAAAUAGCAAUGACAAUAUUUUGGUUGACUUGUCAAAUAACACAGAAAAAGUUGAAGAAAGUGAAGAAGAUAAACUAAUACUAGAAAAUAAUAAGUUGAAAGAAAAAAUGCAAAAAAUGGAAACUUUCCUUGAAAAAUAUAAAGAAAUGUUAAAGCGAAGUAAAGAUAAAAUAUUGGAAGUAUCAAAUGAAAAAAAUACUGCAGAGAGAGAUUAUGAUUUGUUACAAAAAUCAACAAAAGAUAAACUAUUUGAAAUGGAAUGCGAAAUGCAGAAUGCAAGAAAACAACUUGAAAACUAUAAAGAUGAAAUAGAUUUACUUAAAAAACGCGAAGAAGAAUCAGUCAUUUCACUUGCAGAAAAUAAAUUAUCUAUUCAUAGAGAACUUGAAGUUAAAGAAGAACAAAUUAAACAACUUCAAUCUGAUUUGAAACUGGCAUUUGAUCUGGAAAAGUCUCUAAAAGAAACUAUCGAAAUUCAAAAACAGGACAUUGAAAAAAUUAAAACUGUUGCUAAUCAAGAUGAAAUGCAACGGAAAUUGAUGGAAAUAGAAAGAAAAAUGAAUUCAAAAUAUUAUGAAGAAGUAGAUAAAAAUAAGCAACUCCAAGCACAAUUAGAAGAGUUAGAAAAACAAUCCAAUGAAAUCAGACAUGAAACGGAAAUAAUACAGAAAUUGAAUCAAGAUUUGCAAGAAAAAGACAAUCUUCUGAUAGAAAUUAAUUUAAAGAGAGAAAGCUACGAAAAAUGUUUAGAAGAAUUAAAAACACAAAAUUUACAAUUAGAAAAGGAACUGCACCAGUCAAAAGAAAUGUUUAAAAAUUUACAAAUACAAAAUAUAAACUUAGAAAAAGAACUAUCUAACACAAAUCAAGCUUUGGAAAAUUUCAAAUUGUCUUCAGAAAAUCGUGAUAGAAUUUUGAAUGAUAAUCAUCAGAAAGAAUUAGACGAAAUUAAGCAGAAAUUAAUAGAUAAAAAUGAGACUUGUGAUAAAUUAAAUGCAAGAAUGCAAGAAUAUUCAGAAGCCAUAGAACAAAUAAAAAAUGAAAUACAAAUACGAGAUGAAGAAAAUAAGAUUUUAAGAAGCAAAGCUGACAAUGAAGAAAUAGUACUUCGAUUACAAGAUGAACUUGAUAAUAAGAAUACUGAGCUCUUGGGACUUAAUAGUGAACUCAAAUCACGUUCAACAACAAUAAACGAUUUGAAAAAAGAAAUAAAUAAUUUAAUAACUAUAAGGAAAAAUUUACUUAAGCAAUUUAGAGCAUACAAAGAAACUGUAAAAAAUAUAAAACAAGAUUAUGCUCUACUGAAAGAAAAUGUAAAUAGUUAUAUUUUAGAAGGAAAAAGUGCAAUAGUAGAAACUGUUAAUAAGUACACUUCAGUAUUUUUAAGUCUAAAUCAAGAGAAUGCAAAUCUUAAAUCACAAAUUGAUGAUUUAAAGGAGAAAACAAAGAUUACACAAGAACUUCAAAGUCAUUGUAAUGACAAAAAUGCACAAGUAGAAGAACUUGUAAACAAAAAGUUGGCUAUUGAGAAAGAACUAAAUGAAAGAAACAAUCAAAUUGAUGAAUUGAGACAAACGAUAAGCAAUUUAGGUCAACAAGAAGUAGAUAAAAAUAAAUUAACUUCCGAAAUCGAAAAUUUGUCCAAAAAAUUGAUGGAGCUUGAAAAGUUGUGCGAUGAACGUGAACAAUUGCUACAUAAAGUCGAAAUUGAAAAGGAAGAUGUUUUGAAAACUAUAACUCUUGAAAAACAGAAGUUGGAGACAAACCUGCACGCAUUAUCUAUUCAACUUUCUGAUUAUAAAACUUUGAAUGAUCAAUACAAUAACUUGUCUCAAAAGUAUAAAGAAGCUACAAACGUAAUACAUACGUUGAAAUCUGAAAAUCAUAACUAUAGUAAGCUCGUGGAUGACGCUCAAAUUCUCAAAACUCAAGUUACUUCUCUAAAUGAAGAAUUAGGAACGCGAAAUAAAGAAUUUGAAAGCCUGAAAGCUACAUAUUUUGAAGAGAAGCAGCACUUAUCUGAUAUAACAAAUGAGUGUGAUAAUUAUAAAAAAUUGAUUGAAGAACACAACCAAACAAUAUUUCGAUUGAAAGAUGAAUUGAAUAUUUCAAAAGAGGAUAACAAUAAAUUAAAUACUGAAAUAGAUGAAUCUAAAGAUUCUUUACAAAAAGCACUUGAUAACAAAACUAAUUUGGUUCAAAAUUUGAAAGUCUUUAAAGAGAAGUUACUAAAAUUGUCAGAAGAAAAAAAUAAUCUGUUAACAGAAUUAGAACAAGAAAAAAUCAAUUUGAAAAAUGUUGAGAAUGAAUUUAGCCAAUCUCUUCGAUUAAAAACUGAAGAAAAUGAACAGUUGAAAAAGACUCAUUCAAAAUUGAUCAAUGAAUUAAAUGAACUAAAAGGAAAUUUGGAUGAAUUAGAACAACUUAGAAAAGUAAAAUUAGAAACAGCUUUCGAAUUCAAUGAACUAAAAAAAAAGUAUGAGCUUUUAAUUAUUGACUAUACUAAUAUAAAAGACAAUCAAAAUGAUUUAUUGAAAGUUAAUGAAAUGCUUAGUCAAUCCCAACAUGACACAAAUGAAAAAUUAAGCUAUUUAGAAAAACAGAACGAAUUAAUUGAGAUGCAAAAUAAUUCUACUCUAAAUGGACUUGAGAUGUAUAAAAAUCAAUUAGAAACUAGUAAUUCUGAAAUUGCAGAUCUCAAAACUCAAUUAAUAAAUUUAGAAAACUUAAAAAAUGCUCAGUUAAAAAAUUUGCUCAAUAAUUCAGAUGAUUUUAAACAGAAAAAUUCCAAAUUAACCGCUGAAAUUAAAGAGAUUACUAGAAUAAAUGAAUCAUUAAAUGUGGAGAUGGAGGGUUUGAAACUGCAUAUUUUAGAACUACAAGAAUGCAAAAUAAAAUAUGAAAAUUUAGAAAAGGAUUUGCUGAUUUAUAAAAGUAAAGUUACAGACUUGGAAAAUUCUUUGGCUUCAUUUGAAGAGAUGAAAUUAUCCUGCAGCAGAUUACAGAAUGCUAUAGAAAAUUGGAAAACUCAGUUAGAUGAGAAAAACAAUGAAUUGCAAAAGCUAAAAGAACGAAAUGCGAAGCUUAUAGAUGAAAAUAAUAUAUUGACUUCAUUAAAGUCAAAUCUAGAAGAUGCAAAUCAAGAAAUAGCAAGACUUAUGGAGACUGUAAAUGAACUGAAUCGACAACUGUCGACUAAAGAAUCUGAGUUUAAAACUUUACAUGAACAUCAUUCAAAGUUAGAAGAGGAACUGAAGAUUAUUGAUCAGAUGAAAUGCGAAAAUGAAGAAUCGUCAAAAAAUAUUGAAAAUGCAUUGCAAGAAAAAAGGAAAUUAGAAUCACAAUUGGAUGAAACUCUUGUAACGUUUCAGGCCAAAGAAUCACAAAUGCAAGCUUUGAAUGAGGAAUUACACAAUCAAGCGGCAAAGUUACAAGAACAACUUAAAGUUAAUGAAGAAGAGCAAAAUCUAAGGCUAAAGCAAAUCGUCAAAGAAUUUCAAGCUCAACUUCAUGAUAAGGAAAAAGAAUUACAAGCAGCUCUUGAGAAAAGAUUUGACUACCAACAAAAUUAUGAGUCAGAUGCCAUUCUUGAAUACAAAGAACAAUUGAGAGAUUUCCAGGUAGAACUCACAAGGAAAUCCCAAGAAAUCGAAAGAUUAAUGCAAGAUAAUCAAGAUAUGAAAAAACAAACUCAAGAAGAAAUAGAAAAACUGUUAUUAAAAAUAAAUGAAAUAAAAUCUGAUCAUUUAGAAGAGAUGCAGGAGCUAGAUAACAAAUGGAGAGAAAUGGUGAAACAAAAGACAAGUCAAUUAGAAAAUCAAUAUGAACAGAACAUUAACGAUUUAAAUAAUGAAUGGCAAAAUGAACGAAAGAAUUAUGAUAGCGACGAAGUAGAUGAGGAAUUAGAAAGCACUGCAAAAGUCGCAAUGGCAACAGUACAGUCUAAUACUAGUUCUUUUCAUGCUUUACAACAGACUUUAUUAUCGCAUAAACGGGAGUUAGCCGAGUUGCGGAAAUUGGUGAAGAUGAGGCAGGAUUCUGUAGAAGAUUCAACUGAAAUCGAAUAUCUUAGAAAUAUACUUUAUAAGUAUAUGAUGGGGAAGGAAACCAUGGUGCUUGCCAAAGUUAUUGCCGCUGUUGUCAAGUUUGACCAAGAUCAGACAGCGAAAAUUUUGAAAAAAGAAGAAGACAAGCUGUCACUGCUAGGAUCAUUGGGUUUGUCGUAACAUUGUUAAUUUAUUUGCAUUUAUAUUGAAAUUGUAAUUAACUUAUCCAAAAACGAGUGCUUCAAUAUUUAGCUGAUGGGCCAAUGCUGCAAAAUGCCCUUAAAUAUCAUGUCCCUUAAAUAUAUUUUAGACUGUUGAUUAAAAACGUUGGAUUUUAAAAGUGGGAAAAAGUGAAUUACUUAUUUGAUGAUUAAAAUAAAUUCUAUUAAAAAUAUAGUGUUCAAAAUGUAAAGUUAUCAAUUAAAAUAUUGUGUCACAUAGUAUCAUGUUAAUAUAUAAUUUUGAAAAAAUUUAUAUGUUGUAAGAGUUAUGUCACCAUGUUACAUACUAUUUGUUUUAACUCAAGAGUUAGAUUAUUGGUGAACACAAAACUUAAAGUUGGUAAAAUAUUUGUAAAUUUUUACAAUAUUAUUUCAAUUAUAUUGGAAAUACAUUUAAAAAUUUAUGAAAAUCACUAAUAAUAAUUAGUUGGAAGACUUUUUCUAAUUUUUU